AUGAGUUCUGUCUCACUGAUGGAGUGGAAUGGUAAACCCCAGUUACAGUGGGACUGGGAGAACCUGAUAAUGUUCAAUGCAAUGACAACUGAAAAUUCAAAGCAGUUAAGCCCAACGGAUUUUGAAACUGAUGGAGAAAAAGGAACCGACUCUGGGUUUCUAUAUUCAUCUGGGAGUGCGAGCAGAAGCGGUGGCUCUAGCUCUGAUUUGGAACUUGCUUCUUUCUCAAAGAGCUCAAAGUCAGCUUCCAUCAAUUCUUCAUCAGCUGGGGAAGUUAAAACAUCCAAAUUCACUUUGGACGCCUCUAAAGCAAAUCCAUCUGAUUACAAUAAGAAAGAAUCUGCAAAGGCUAAGGCAGCUGGUACUUCUCCCGUGCUUGAGGCUUCAGUUGGUUCAGGCGACCAGCUGCUUGGUUUGAAGCUUGGAAAACGAACAUACUUUGAAGACACUUGUGCUGGGAGCAAUGCUCAGUCUUCAUCAUUUUCUACAGUUCCUGUGCCCUCUUUUACUCCAGUAAAGAAAUUGAAAUCCUGUAAUCAGACUCAGCGUAUUCUACGGUGUCAAGUGGAAGGCUGUAACCUUGACCUUUCAUCAGCUAAAGACUAUCAUCGGAAACAUAGGGUUUGUGAAAGCCAUUCAAAGUGCCAGAAGGUCAUUGUAGCUGGGUUGGAACGCAGGUUUUGCCAGCAGUGUAGCAGGUUCCAUGGUCUGUCAGAGUUCGAUGAAAAGAAGAAAAGCUGCCGCAGGCGACUUUCUGAUCACAAUGCAAGACGCCGCAAACAAUCAGGAUCAGUCCAUUUGAAUCCAUCAAGACUGUCUUCCUCGUUUUUUGAUGAGAGGCAACGGAUGAGUCUUGCUUGGGACAGGGCACCACUUGUUCAUGCCAGGCCUAAUGCAAAUUUGACAUGGGAUAGCACGUCCAUCUCCAAGUUCACUAUAACAAAAGAGUAUAUAACAAAGCCUGCAGAAAUUGGCGGUAGUGAUGGGCAGCUCCACUUGCCUGGCACUGAUCUGACAAAUGGCAUUGCUAAUCAGCACCAUCAUAAGUCUAAUGGCUCCGUAUCCAAGGCCAAGGGCAGUGCAGCUGAGGUUCUCAACCAAGUUAGAGUUCAAUGCCAAAAUACGGCUUUGGCAUUUGUCAUGGACCUGGAAUGUGCUUUUAACCAAUGUGAUAAACUAUAUGUUGUGACUGCAGGUUGGGAAGAACCCAUCAUUCCAUCCAAAGCGAAACCAGCACCAGAAUUUCAUCGUGCUCUCUCUCUUCUGUCAAACAAUUCAUGGGGUUCAUGUGAGCCACAAUCAAUUUCAUUUGAACAACCCAUGCAUAUGAGUCACACCAGCAUGCCUCAGUCUGUGCUGCAAGUUAUACCCCAAAGCUCACCGCUUGCUUCAUCAGAGUGUUGGAGGACUGAGCGACCGUCAGCAGACUCUCAAAUGCAUACCUUGACUUCACACACUGAUGGUAGCAGUUACUUUCAAGAGUUUCGGCUGUUAAGAACGUCAAACGGGAAUGAAUUCUAUUCCAGCCAGAUGAACUGA